AUGGUCCAUCAGGCCGAAAAGCCCAAGGCGCACUUGCUGCAUAACGGCGUGGGGUUGCAGAGAUCUCCUGGAUUGAUCGCUGAAACCAUGCGGAGCGACGUCCAUGAAACUCUUAUCGCGGUACUGAGCGUACGAUCCCCAUGUACCGCUAUCCAAGAAUAA